GGAAGAAAACAAAAAGGAAUCGAAACCGUCCCGCUGAUAGUGUAAGCAAAGCAAGCAAAAACAAACUCAUCCCAUGCCUUCCUUAAUGUUUGUAUGCAGGCUGCAGCACCACAAAAUUCUCUCUCUCUCUCUCUCUAAAUAUUGUCUGAUCUCUAGGUAACCCUUUUCUUUAAUUCUUCCAACAACAGCAGUAGUACUCUCUUUCACCUUAAGUAUCCUUAACAAAUAGCCACCUUUCUCUUGCCUUUCUUCUACAUCUGAUCUAUUAUAGGUGUAGUAGCUACUCAGAAAUUUAGCAGCGCCAUAUAUAGAGUAAGCUGCUUCGCAUGCAUUAUAUGUAUAUAUAUCCCACCUUUGAUCAUUAAUCCAAAGAGAGAAAAUUAGUUAGGAAUAAUGAGCUGCAAUUCCCCAAUUAGUCAUCAAGAACCCAAGCCUCUACUAUCUCUUGAUCAUACCAAUACAGCAGAUCAUCAAGAUGCCGUUCUUGGAGCACCCGCCAGCUCUAUGAAUACUCCGACCACUGCCCAAGUAGUAGAUCAUCCCCAGAAGAUGAUGAUCAACAAGAAAUCAUUGGCAGGGGCAGUCAAGUACAUGGAAUGCCUCAAGAACCAUGCAGCUGCCAUUGGUGGGAACGCCACAGAUGGUUGUGGAGAGUUCAUGGCCGGCGGGGAAGAGGGAACCAUUGAAGCCCUCAAAUGCUCUGCAUGCGGCUGCCACCGGAACUUCCAUAGAAAAAUACACAUUCAUCAGCAUCAUCAUCAUCAUCAUCAUCAGCCCUCCUCUUCCAUUAUCAUUAAUAGUCAUGAUCAUGCCGCACCUCAUUCAGUUGUAUUGAAGAAGAGGAAGAAGAAGAGUACUACUAGUAUUAAUUAUGGUGUAACAGCAGAUCAUCAUCAGUUCUUGACGACGUCCAUAAAGCCAGCGGCGGAGGGUGUAAGCAGUGAAUUAGUGACAAAGAGGUUCAGGACAAAGUUCAGUCAAGAACAGAAAGAGAAGAUGCUUGGGUUCGCUGAGAAAUGUGAGUGGAAAUUGCAAAAGGUGGAUGAUUCUGAGGUGCGAAGCUUCUGCCAAGAGAUUGGGAUUAAGAGGAAAGUGCUCAAGGUAUGGAUGCACAACAACAAGUAUAACUUCGCCAACAAAACCAAAACAUUAACAACAACCACUAAUAUUACUUGAAGCUUCAAAUUCAUGAACACCAACAUGCAGUAGUAGUAGUACUACUACUCCUCAUUAUAUCCAUCCAGUCCAGUAAUUAAUUAAUCAAAAUAUAUAUAUAGAUAUGUAUGUAUAAUUUCUGCAGUUGUUUGCUUUGGAUGAGACGACAAGUGCUUAUUAUGCUUUAUAUAUAAAUUAAACUGUAUGCAACAUAUUUAGCUCUUGUUCUGAUAUA